ACCUCUCAGUAACCACUAACCAAGAUGAAGUGCAUCCUCGUCUUCGCCUGCAUUUCGAUUGCCCUGUGCCUGGCCGCUCCUGCCCCCGAAACAGAGAUCGUCAACCAGGAAUCGGAUGUGAAUGCCGAGGGUUACAGCUAUAAGUUCGAGACGAGCGACGGCACCAAGCAGGAGCAGCAUGGCUCUAUCAAGAACCUGGGUCCCGAGGAGGAUGCCCUGCAGGUGGCCGGAUCCUACAGCUACACGGGGGACGACGGGCAGACCUACGCUAUCACCUACGUGGCCGAUGAGAACGGAUUCCAGCCCCAGGGGGAGCACAUUCCGCAUCUAUAAACUUGGCUAACCCAAGAUUCUUUAAAAAAAAUCAAACGUUUCUUGAAUGUAUGGCCAUUACUUAAUUCGAUCAA